UCUAACUAAAAGCUUAUUAUCGAGUAUCACCAAAUCAAGGCCAAACAAUGUCGUCGUCUCUAACUGGUAAGCUGGAGGCUUAUGUGGAAAUCAAGGCUUCUGCCGAAAUGUUUAUGGAUAUGCUCUGCAACAGACCACAUCAUGUAUCCAACGCCUGCUCUGACAAGGUGCAAGCAUGUGAUUUACAUGACGGUGACUGGGGAAAGGAGGGUUCCAUCAUCUGCUGGAGUUAUGUUCAUGAUGGGGAGGCUAAAAUUGGGAAGGAAAUAAUCGAAUCGAUAGAUCCAAAGAACAACUCAAUUACUUUCAGACUGAUUGAAGGAGACCUCUUGAAGGAGUACAAGAGCUUCGUAGUCAAAGUUCAAGCUACUCCGUCUCCAAAGGGCGAGGGCUGCGUAGCGCACUGGGUUACUGAGUACGAAAAGCUGAAUGAGGACGUUGCACAUCCGGAGACCCUGCUGGAGUUGCUAGCCGGAAUCUGUAAAGAUAUGGAUACUCACCUCACCCAAGCAUAACAGAUACGGUGGUUCUUUUUAUGUUUAUGUUCCUACCAGCCAGCUUAUUUCAAGCACCUAUAAAAAAGGAAUAAAGGCUUGAAAUGUUUGUUGAAUGUUGAUAAAUAGCAGCUUGGCCUCGGCAGAUGAUCUGAUUGAUGGUGGCUGUAUUGUGUUUUAUAAGUUUGUUUGCGCAUGCGUCAAUUGAUGAAAGACUUUCUAGUUUAUACAUAUGAUGUACCAUCUGCUUCUAUUUGCAGUAAUAUAAAUUUUAUCUA